AUGGUGCAGGUGCCGCCGUUGCGCUACGUGUGCACCCCAUCAUGCACGACCCUGCGGAGAAAAAGAAGAGUGUCUACAGCAGCCUCCUCCUCGUUGCCCAGCACCAGUUCUUCCCCAAGAGCGCCCAUCGUGUUCGAAUACAGCCUGGGGUCCCCGAAACCCUCCUGGAAGACACUCUCCUUUAGGUCAUCUCCGCCCACCAGCCCGAAAAAGAGCACAACAAACGCCCCAAAGUUUCUCAACUUGAAGACUGCAUCGGUAGAGUCGAGGAGAGUUGAGUCUGUCGUCAGUGGAGAGCUUUCCGAGUGGAGCUAUGAAGUUCCGAAUGAGCUCGUUGUGAACCUGUUUGGGAUCAGGUACAGUGAGGAGGAGGAGAGAUACAUUCGCGUUGAAGACGAAUUAGCGAGGACCUCGCAGGAAGCAGUGAACUAUCUCAUUCAGAAGUAUUUGUCCGCACAGCGGUCUUCUAGGAGGGUUAGCAUCGAGAGAAGCAAACUUGGAAUGUCUGGUGGAAGGCGGGAUAGAAAUUCCUUGAACGAUCUGGAGAGAUUGCAUGAUGGAGCUAUAGACGCACUGCUAAGGGGGAGAAGGAAGUCCUGUGAUGAUACCAGUCCGAUCUCGGCAUACAGAGAUCAAAUGGAAGAAGAGAACCUCUGUUAUGUGAAAACUCCCUUCAUAUACCUUGGCCAGGAUCCAGUCGAUGACAACAUCUUUUACUUCGAGCAAGACAACAGUUUAGAUCCGAGCAGAGAACAACGUGUCAGAUGGCGCUUAAAAGGCAUCAGGGAUAAGGAGUGGAUCAGCGCAGCGCCAAGGCCGUAUGGUCCCUCUCGAUCAUGGGGUGGAGCAUGGGGUGGGAACAGAUCGCUCUUUUCUAAUUUCAAGGACCUCAAUCAGCCAGGAGUCAUAGAGUACGUGGGCGGAGAGGUCAGACCGAAAGAUGUCUUUCUUCUCAACGUCGUCCACAACAUCAAGGCUGCUGAGCUUCCGACCAUAGAGUUCUCAAGGAGAUUGGCGUGCAGCAGAUCUGUUCUCUCGGAAAGCAGCACCACCUCGUUUGGAAAUCACCCCAUCACCUCACACAAGCGUACCAUCUUUCGGCCGGUCAGCAAGCAGAGCUCUAAGAGCACCUACGCAGCCAUCCAAGACGUGCAGGUCGGUCUUCCUCUGACCGGAUACCCCGGGUGGAGAAACAGACAUAGCACCAGUCCGAUGAAGCUCACGCCGAUGACGUCCACGAGCCAAGACUUUUAG